AUGCCGCCGCCGCCGCCGCCGGAGGAGGUGGAGACAAGGGACUGGGCGGAGCUGCCGUUGGACGCGAUAUCGGCCAUCCUCCACAAGCUCGACCACGUCGACAUCCUGAUGGGGCCCGGGCAGGUGUGCCGCUCUUGGCGCGGCGCCGCCCGCGACGAGCCCGAGCUGUGGCGCCGCAUCGACAUGCUAGGCCACGCCGAACUCUUCAACGAGCUCAACUUCCACGGGAUGGCGCAGGAGGCCGUCCGCCGCAGCGCGGGGAGGUGCGAGGCGUUCUGGGGCGAGUACGCCGGCGACCGCGACUUUCUCCUCUACCUCGGCGACCAGGCACCAUCUCUCAAGAGCCUUCGCCUUAUUUCUUGCUAUAAUAUCUUUGAUGAAGGACUUACAGAGGCUAUAGUGAAGUUCCCUUUGCUCGAGGAGCUUGAGCUUUCAUUAUGUUCAAAUGUGGGUGAGAGUGGUGUGUUUGGGGUUGUUGGCAACGCCUGUCCACAACUGAAGCGCUUCAGAUUCAGUAAGGAUGUGUUCUAUGAUUUUGAAGCUAGUGGCUAUGACAGGGAUGAUGAAGCCCUGGGGAUUGCUAGUAUGCGUGAACUACGCUCUUUACAGCUGUUUGGCAAUUGCCUCACUAAUAAAGGACUGACAACCAUCCUAGACAAUUGCCUCCACCUGGAGUCCCUUGACAUUCGUCACUGCUUCAACGUCAACAUGGACGAAACCCUGCGCGCAAAGUGUGCCAAGUUAAGCACACUGAGGCCUCCCCAUGACUCAACUGAUGACUAUAACUUUCAGGUUCAGGAACCUGUUUGGGCGGAUUCAGAGCCCUGGUCGGGUGACUCUAUGGGUUAUGGUUCUGACUAUGAGCUUGGCUCUGAAGAUUACGAUGAUUACUGCGAUCCUUCCCGCUACCUUGAUGGUGUGUACGAGGACGGUCUUGAUGAAGAAGAGAGGAUGAUUCUCAGGGGCAUGCGUGCGCUUAUGAAGUAAAGUCCAACAGGUGUUGCGAUCGAAAUGGCUGGAUGUUUCACCUUUUUUCCGAAGUAUAUGCACUAUCGGGUUCCCUAGGCUGGCAUGAUCUGUACUUUGCUGCUUGUGCAGGUGGCAUGGAUCUGCGUCCGUAUCGACUUCUCCUAGAAUAUCGUGGGCAAUGUUCUGUAAUUUGUCCAACCGUCUUGUGGAACAUCUUGUGUUGUAGGAGUCCUUUACCCUGCAGUUGUCAUGGAAUAGUAUGCUUUGCACCUUUUAGUGUGUGGAGCAUGUCGUGUGUUAAGAGUCCCUUACCUUGCAGUUCAGUGACUUCAGUCGCUGUGUAGUAUGCUUUAACCUUUGUAGUAGGUACUGGUUUGUUUA